AUGAAUAAUUUAAAUGAAUUCAAAGAAAGAAUUUAAUUUCUAUUGGCAGAAGCAUUAAAUCCACCAAAAAAAUAAUAAUGUUUAAUAGAAUUCAAUAGAUUGCUUGUAGCAAAUAAAAGUGAUCAACAUUAAAAAAUAGUAUUGUAAGUGUUAGAAACAUAAAGAAUGAAUGAAGUUAAUCUAAGAGCUUUAAAAAUAUCUGUGUAAGUAUAGAAAUAUGAUUUGAAUUCAUCACUUAGAGCAGCAACUAUCAUUAAUAAGGCAUUUAAUGAAGGAACAGAAGUAAUUUACUAAUUAUGUGGUGAAUGUUACAGAUUAUUAGCUAAUUCUACAACUAUUAAUUCUUUAAGUGAUUUACUAUGUAAUUUAGCAUUAAAAUUAACUUCAUAGCCUAUUUAAGUAAUAUUUAUAAUUUGAUUAAUUAGAUUGGUUCCACAAUUUCAUUACAUUAUUUAUUAUAAUUUGAAGUAUUACCUAAUACAAAGAAGUUAAUAUAAUAAGCAUAUAUAAAGAAUUAACUAAUUUGCCAUUAAUCAAUGGUGGAAAUAAUGAUAAAGAUAACUACAAGUUAGGAUUCAAAUCUAGUAUAAAUACUUUAAAGAAGUUUAGCAGCUCUUUAAGAAUAGAGACAUACAUAUUAAGUGAAAUAAACAUUAUGUAAAUUUAUGUUAGCAUUAUCUGAUUAUCAAAUAUAUGAUGACAAUUUGUUAGUAAUAAUAUCAAACCUUAUUUUAGUUAUAAUGUGUAACCAUUUUAAGAGAAACAACUUUUGAUAGAGUAGUUACUGUUUAAUAAGCAGCUAAAUUAGCUUUAUAAUCAUAUUAAAAUCUCUAUAUUGCUAGAAAUCCACCAUAAGUAACAACUUCUAGUUAUUUUCCUGAUGUGAAACCAUUCAUCAAAAAAAAAAGAGGGGAUGGACAUUUGGUUUUGAAUGCAGAAAAAUAUAAGAAAAUGUAAAUUAGUUAAGUAAAGUAAUAAUUGGAGAAAAUUUAAGAAAAAGUAACAGAAUAAAAAAUACAAGAUUCUUUAAUUGAUUAAUUUAUUUAAUAAGAAUAAAAAUAAUCAGAUUUAUAAAAUUAAGAAUAAAUUGAAGAAAUAUAAUCUGAUUAAGAUCAAAAUGAAGAGAUUACAGAAAAUAUUAAUCCUUAAUUAUAAGAUACAUAAUUAUUUGUUGAUGAAAAAAUAGAAGAAACUUAAGAUUUUACAGAAGAUUAUUAUGAAAAAGUAUUGGAUUUAGUAGAAGAUUGUUAAAUAGAUUAAGCAUUUAAAUUAGCUCUAUAUAAUAAUGAUGAUUUCCUUAUUAUUUAAUUGAUGAUGACAGUAAAAGAUUAUUUCAGUGAAUUAAGUAACAAAACUGCAGAGUAAUUAAUUAAGAAAUUCAAUGCUAUUUACAAGUCUAAUUUUGUUGAAGUUAUUUUUAAAGAUUUUGCUAAAGAAGCCUUAAGGAUGCCUAAUAAAGAAAUGCUUAAAAUUGGAUAAAUAAAUUAAUUAUAAAAAUUUAUAUGAUUAUAUUGUUUUUCCUAUUGUAGAUUUCUAAUAAUAAGUUAAUAGCCCCUCGUAAAGUUAUUCAUGCAAUAGAUUGUGGAAAUUAUAUAGAUACUCGUACAUCUUCAGGCAUUAAGUAUAAGAGUGUAAUUUGAUGCUUAAUUAUUCUAGGAUCAUCAUUAUAUUGGAACAUCAGAAAUAGUAGAUUAUUAUGAAUAAGCAGAGAAUAGAAAAAUAAAAUUUACAGAUGAUCAAUCUCUAUAUAUUACUUAAAGAUAGGGUUAAAGUUUUGCUUAUACUAUUCCUAUAGGUAAUGAAGUUCCUGAAAAUUAAACGUAUGUUUUAGUAUUAAAAUUUGCUGAGGUAUUUUGAUCUCAGAUGUUAGUUACAUUAUGAAGAAAGUAAUUCCAGAGUCUUUAAUGUAUUAUUGGGAAAGAAGAUGAUUCUAUAAAAUAUAGAUAUUUUAUAAUUAGUAGGAUCAUUUACAGCACAUACAGAAUAUAUAGAAAUUAUAAUUGAUGGAGGAGCAGUCUAUUAUUAAGGAGAGCCUUGUUUUGGAGCAUUAAAUAAUAGAAAUGAAUUAGUUGUUGGAUUCAGUGCAACUUAAGAUUUAGCAACUAUUGCUGCUUUAUUUUUAUUUAAAGGUCCUUUGAAAGAUACAGAUUAUGAAGAUAAAUAAAUGUUUUAAGAAAGAUGGAUUUAAAGAAAUACUCCUAAAACUAAUGAUGAAAUUAAAAAAUAAAAUGAAGAAAGAAUUAAAAAUAUUGAAUAAGAAAUAAAAGAGAAAUAAAAUAUUUUAAAAAUUAGAGAAGGAUUUGGACAUGAGAUUGAUAUUGAAGAAAUAAAAAUACCUUAAAAAAAAACAGAAUGGCCUGAAUUCUCAUUUUAAUUAUUAUUUAUUUUACUCAAAACACCAUUAGGAGCUGUUCUUUUAGUUGGAUUUUUAACAGUUUGUUUUGUUACAAUAAGUUUUGUUUUCUUUGAUCCAUAUGGAUAAAAUAAACUUAAAUAAUAAUAUUAAGAAAUAAAAAAAUAGAAAAAUAUAAAAUAAAGUACAAUCCCUAAAAAAUAAGUAAUACAAAAAACAGAUUGA